AUGUCAGCACCUCUGCCUGGCAAUCGUGUUACGCAUUUGCACAUUCAGAAAGUUGUCAAAUCCUUGACUCUUCUCUCAUCGUCGCUUCCGGACAAUAUACCAGUGGCUACACGGCACGAUAAAAUCUAUACUGCAAUACCUACUGCUCCUAUCGAAAGUCAGGGUUCAGCCAUCUUUGAGACAUUUAAUCGUGUCACGGACAUUCUAUUUAAAGAAGAUGCAGACUGUCGAGAUGAGCACGGUCGCUUUCAUUAUAUCCGUCGUGGAAAGCUUGGAAUGGAAAAUCUCUGUGUGUAUAUAGGCAAAAUAAACUGGGAAGUCUCCGACAUUCCCCUUGACCUUGUUGGGAUGAAGCUGGAACGGAUACUUGAUGAGCUCAAAUAUCUUACAAAACUUCCUCCUAAGAAAACAGGAGUCUAUAACAAUGCAAAGACAAAGCCGGUACCAAAAACCAAAAAGAAGGCAAAAAAAAUGAGUGGAAUAACUCAGGAUCUAAUCAAUGGUGCUGUACGUGACCUUCGGAGCCUUCCUAGCAAAGGUAAUGUCACAUUAAACUCACGUCUAGCCCUGAAUAAAAGAUCUAAAUACCUUGUAUUAGAUGGAGAGUGUACCGACAUCAAUUCUGAGGAUGACGCUACAUUUAAACCACGCCGAAAUAUGGAGCGUGAGUCAUCCGAAGAUUCAAUUUUGUCAUAUACCCUCGAUAAGGACGGGCUUGAAGUUGAUGAUAGCAAGAAUGACCCAAAAAAGCGCCAGCGAGUAGUAUCUGAUACAGAAAGUGAAGGAGAACAGGUUAACAAGGGCCCGUCGUACAAAAAAGCAAAGAAAUCAGCAAGCGCAGCCAAAUCUGCAAAGAUUAAGGUCAUUGAUGUUGACGACGUACCUGAGGCAUUAGAAACAGAAGUCAAAUACAACAAAAAGGGCCCUGCAAACUAUAGUCGAGCCCAUUUUAGAAAUCCGGUACCCGUUGUAGUACAAGGAGUUCAUCGAUGGGAGUUUUCGUGUAGGCACUGCAAAAAGUCAGUAACAGUUCCACGGACUGUGGACAAAGAAAAGAGUUUCGACGAUGAGCAUCCAAAGCCAGCACUCGGAAAUUUAGCAACUCACCUUAAAAAACAUUCUAACCUUGACCUAACUGUACCCACAUAA